CGGAAAGAGAAUAGGUGUCUUUACGCGCCGCGAAUAAAAAUACCAAGUAUUAAAGUUAUUUCCAAUUCUAUAAAGCUAAAAGUGUACUUACUGAGUAUCUAAUUAUAGUGAUAUAAAAGUUUAAAGUUAUCUGUGCGAAAAUGAUUACAAAACAGCUAACCCAAGAUGUUGAGGAGAUUCUUCUUAGUGCAUUUCAAAAAAAGGAAAUUUUAGCUGUCCUAGUUACUUCAUUGGCAAACUCUAUCACAACUCUAUUGGAGCAAAAAUUAGCUGGGAUGCAGGAUGAGCUCAAAAAGGUCAGUGAAAAUUGUAUAAGUUUGGAAAAUAAAUAUACAGAAUUAAAUGAAAGACAUGUAGAAUUGGAAAAAAAAUAUAAACAAAAAACCAAUAACAUUGAACAGUACACACGACGUUCGAAUUUACGCAUAUCUGGUAUGAAAGAGACAAGUUCCGAAAAUGUUGAAGAAAAAUUUAUCGAAAUCUGUAAAACGAAAUUAAACAUUGAUUUAAGGUCUAAAAUCGAUAGAUGUCACCGUAUAGGCAAGGUGAAUAAAUCAAACCAAGAUAAACCGAGGGGCGUCCUUGUGCAAUUUUCGAACUACAAAGUAAAAUGGCAGAUUUACACUAACAAAAAAUCGCUACAGGGCACCGGCAUUUCAAUCAAAGAAGACUUAACGCAGGAACAACUGGCUCUCUACAAGGAAGCGUGUGAAAAAUUCGGAUUUAAGAAUACCUGGACUGUUGAUGGAAAAGUCAUGGUUUUUGAAAAUAGUGAAAAAAAGAUUUAUAAAAAAACAUAGAUUUAAUUAUUUGUUUACUUUAACUCAAUGUGAAUGAACUCGCAUAAAAAAUGUACUUAUUUAUUUUUAUUGGCGGUACGGAUACCUAAUGAUUGUUUAUUUUACCUUAAGUGUUUCUUUUCAAUUUAAAUUUUACUUAAUAUCAAAUUAAUCCUUUAUAUUCUAACUAAACAAGUCAAUUUAAUUUUUUCUGUUAUUAAAAUCUUAUAUCUUUCGAAAUCUUUUUUUUUGUUAAUCGUUCUUGUUAUACCUAUACAUCUAUUACUAUAUUAAGAUUAAGAUAGCAUAAACAAUGUACCUUUAAAUUUUCAAAUUAAACUUUAGUGCUAUGGAAACACUAAAAAUUGCGCAUUUAAAUGUUAGAACACUAGUUGGACACUUUACGGACUUUAAAAAUACUUUAUUAGCAAAUAAUUUUGACAUUUGUGCGCUAAAUGAAACGCGUCUUGAUACUUCUAUACCCACAGAAUCAAUUAAUAUAGAUGGCUAUCGUCUUAUUCGUUGUGAUAGAAAUAGGCAGGGCGGGGGAGUCGGGAUUUAUAUUAAGGUGGGACUAAAAUUCACAAUUUUACAAAUUGGUGGUAACUUAGAGCAAAUUUGGCUUUGUAUUAAAAAUCAAAAUUAUGUCACUGCAAUAGGUGUAGUCUAUCGAUCUCAAGAAAUAAGUUAUACUAGGUUUUGGGAGCUGUUUGAGUUGACUUUUUCCAACAUAAUUUUACAUGCAAAUGACGUAAUAUGCCUUGGCGAUUUUAACUCCGAUUUAUUAGCCUCUAACAGUGAGUCAAAAUUUGUAAUGCAGACUCUUGAUGGUUUGGGCCUUGAGCAAAUAAUUAAUCAACCUACUAGAAUUUUUGGGACGUCCGCUACCCUGAUAGAUUACAUUCUCACUUCUAAUGUGAGUAUAUUAUCUGAACCAACUGUAGUAUCUACUGACAUUCAUACUGAUCACGAACUUCUCUUUUGCAAAUUAAAAUUUAAAAAAGAACGUAACAUACCAACUUAUAAAACUUAUAGGGAUUUUGUAAACUUUAAUCCAAC